GGGCCCCGACGUUUCCUCACUCGGGAAGCCCGUGCACACGCCCACGUUUCUCCUCCCUGCGCGCCCUCCUUUCUCGUGGGGUGCUCCUCUCUCCUCACCUCCCGUGCUCCACUCUGACAGGUGGGGUGCUCCUCUCUCCUCACCUCCCGUGCUCCACUCUGACAGGUGGGGUGCUCCUCUCUCCUCACCUCCUGUGCUCCACUCUGACAGGUGGGGUGCUCCUCUCUCCACACCUCCCGUGCUCCACUCUGACAG